AUGGUUGGUUCUUUGUUAAUGUAUUUAGCUGCUCUCGUUCCGCUGCAAAAUUACAGCUACAUCGAUAAUGAGCCAUAUUACAAAUUAGCACGAUUUUGGACAAAUACUGGAUUUUGUCCCUCUGGAGAAAUCAAACGAGAAACUUUGAAAGCUAGUCUAUUCUCCGAUGAGGUGCAAAUGAAUUUAAUACACCUCGCAGCGCUUCCAACUGGCGCAUUAACGCACAUACGCAUUCAUUGGCUAUUGAAACUGGUAAAAUUUAUACAAUAUACCCAAUCUGGUGUGCCCAUAUAUGACUUCGCGGAUCUAGAUGCAUUUGUAUUAAAUUUAAAUGAUUUGGAACUUUAUCCUGUUAUUGAAUAUAUGACUGAUCUGGAUGGUAUUAUAAUAAACAAUUCGGAUAUUAUGGAUGAUUUGUGGCAAGAUUUCAGCUAUCAAGUCACUAAGCGCUACCUAAAUUUAUUAGGCGCUAAGAAUCUUAUUAAGUGGCAGUUUGAAACUUGGAAUGAACCGGAUAUACACAAUUACAAUCGUUUAAAUUUCACCAUAGAAGGUUUUAUCAAUUACGCUAUAGCUUUACGUAAAGGUAUUAAAGCAGCUGGCCGUAUUUCAAAUAAGUCAUUGGAUCUUACUCUACGAGGACCAGCAGGUUUGUUUAAAUCCAAAAGGAAACAUCCGUUGUGUUGGGCGUUAAUUCAAAAUUGCAAUAAACAUAUGGAUCAUUGCCCAAUAAAUGUUCUCACAUAUCAUCGAAAAGGUCAAGGUCUAGCAUCAGAGGUCUUAGAAGCAUCUAGGAAAUUAUUAAAAAAAAUUUAUGGAAACUAUGCUAAUAUUAAUAUGUUACCAGUAUCGAAUGAUGAGGCGGAUCCCAUUGCUGGUUGGUCAACUCCUCAAGAUUUUUACGAGGAUGUUCGUUAUGCGGCUAAACUUGUGUACAUUGUUUUUUUGCACUGGCAUGCUAAAUUGAAUUUUAGAGAGUUCAAAUAUCUUGAAUCCAUUAGCCACGAUAAUGCUUUCAUCAGUUAUCACCCGUUUGAAUUCACACAACGCACUCUUCUAGCACAUUUUCGAAUGAAUAACUCGCAACCUGUACAUUCGCAAUUUAUACAAAAACCCGUAUAUGCAGCACUAGGUAUGCUCUCGAAACUGGCACCAAUUGCGGCCGAUAUUGAAGAUAUCAAAUUAAGUACUUCCAAUGAUGUAUUAUGGCUAUUGAAAACAAGCUCCACCGUAAAUAAUCCCUUAUACUUAAGUUGGCUGCUUCUGCCGGGAGAGAAUACAAAAAGAAUAGAAAAUUUCACACUUCAUCGUCAUUUACCUUUCCAAUUAUGCUCUAUAGAGACUUUUGCUUAUGUGGUGGAAUUAUUGGAAAAAGGAAAAACAGAUCCAGCGUAUUUUUGGCGCACUCAAGGCGGAUCGAGACCUUUUCCGAAUGCAAUGGAGCGUGCAGCGAUGCGGCUCGCACAAACUCCUCGAUUACAGGCUUCCGGUAUUUUACUGAUGCCUGAAUUUCGAUUAAAUAUUGGAGACUUCCAGCUUCCAUGGAUUUUAUUACUUCGCGUUUGCUCUAGUUUUUUGCCUAUACUGAAGCAGCCCGAACCACCAACGAUAACAAAAAUUACAGUUGGGGAAAUAUUUAUUUCUUGGUAUGAAAUUGCGAACACUACUCAGUGUCUCAAAACCUAUGAAGUUUGGUUUCAAGUAAAUAAAACUACAGACUGGAAUUUUAUAAGUGAAAACUGGCACUUGCCGUUUCCAUCAUUUCAAUACGCUCCUAUUUCUUCUUGCGUUAAUGGUUUCUAUAAGGUCCGAGCCGUUGACAUCUUUAACAGGAAGAGCAAUUUUUCUGAUACAGUAGAAUAUUUUGAAAUUAGUAUCUAGACGUAUUUAUUUCCAUUAAACUAAACCUUCAGAUAGUACACUCCAAUUAUUCCACUCCAUAAAUGAGACUUCCGAGAUGACCAGACACCAGCGCCGUUAUUCGUGAUGGAUUUUGACUGGAUAUUUUAUAAUAAUUUCACUUUAUAAUUACGUUUAAACUAAACAUAAUAGUACUGGUCAAUUCUUAUAACAAACCACACAAGUCGGCACAAACGUCUAAGUGCAUUUUGAGUUAAUCUGUUACGUAUAUAGUAUUCUUAUUCUUAUAUAUAUAUAUAUGUAGAUGCAUAAUCUAAAUACAUUAUGUGGGCGAAAAGGAUUGUUCACUUUUUUGAUAUUUUUAA